UUCCGUUUCUGCGCAGUGCGCCGCCUCUGCCCGACUUUCACACUUUCACGGAAAACUUUGCUUCAUGAAGAGCAAAGUUAGCUGAGAGAAAGGAGUGAUUAAGUCAUGAUGAGCGGGACUGUGGUGGACAGCAGCAGCCCCACUGCUGCAGUCCCGGACGACAUCUCAGGAUCCGUGUUGGAGCUGGACGAGGACGAGGAUCUGGAGGUCUUCAGUAAGGAUACAAACUUCAUGGAUGGAAGCUCUUUAAAUGCCUCUAUGCAGACCUCCCCUGGCUCUAUGGUCAAUCAGUACAAGUUUGAGGAGGAGGAAGAGCAGCCUGACACUAAAGACAUUUUUGUCACAGUCGAUAACCCUGAGAGCCAUGUGACGGCCAUCGAGACUUUUAUUACAUACAGGGUUUUGACCAAGACCACUCGUAGCGAGUUUGACUCUAGCGAGUACGAAGUCCGCAGACGCUACCAAGACUUCUUUUGGUUAAAAAGCAAGCUGGAGGAGGCUCAUCCCACGCUUAUUGUUCCUCCACUACCAGAGAAAUUUGUGAUGAAGGGAAUGGUGGAGAGAUUCAAUAAUGACUUCAUUGAGACGAGGAAGAAAGCGCUGCACAAGUUUCUCAACAGAAUAGCUGACCAUCCUAUUCUCUCAUGCAGCGAGGACUUCAAGGUGUUUCUCACCGCACAAGCCUGGGAGCUGGCCUCUCACAAGAAGCAAGGACCAGGUUUCUUGAGCAGGAUGGGGGAUACAGUGCGAGCUGUAGCUGCCACCGUCAGAGGGGUCAGAAACCGGCCAGAGGAGUUCAAUGCCAUUCAGGACUACGUGGAGGCGUUCAGUCAGAAGAUGACCUCAAUGGACAAAAUCACCCAAAGAAUCAUCAAAGAGCAAAAGGAGUACUUGGAGGAGGUGAAGGAGUGUGGACCCAUCUACACUCUGUGGUCAGGCUCAGAGGAGGAGCUGGUAGAGCCUCUGAAGAUGAUGGCAAGUUGCUUGGACAGAUGCUGCAGGGAGAGUGAAGAGCAGAUCCAGCAUCUCAGCAGCAGUCUACUCCCAGUCCUACACGAAUACGUGCUCUGCACUGAGACACUCAAGGCAGUACUUCGGAGACGAGACAACAUCCAAGCGGAGUUUGAGGCUAAGAACGAGGCUCUUGCCACUAAGAAGACAGACAGCGAAGCAGAGUCUAAGGUGCUGAGUUUAGCAUGGGACAGCCUGGUGGGCAAAGACCCAGACGAGAUCAGACAGCAGAAACAGCAGAAGCAUAAAGGAGAGAUUAAAGAGUUGAAGGAGGAGAUUGAUAAGCUUGAGGACAAGCUGGAGUGGGCCAAUAACACGCUGAAGGGGGACUGGAGCCGCUGGCAGAAGAGCAUGAGGGCCGACCUGAGAGCAGCCUUCACCAGCACAGCAGAGAAGAACGUGGAAUACUACGAAAAGUGUCUGGCAGUGUGGGAGUCAUUCCUGCUGUCUCAGAGGACUGAGGCCAGUGAAGGAGGAGACAGAGACGAAUCCUAAUCUCCCAUGAUGCAUUUAGCCAAACCACGAUGACCAAAGACGAGUGUUUACCUUGCAGUCCAAAUGCUCCAGUACCACUGCCACAGUAUGAACUCAGCUGUGCCUUAUUAUCAACUGACCAGGGACAAAGAUUUGUAAAGGACCCAUUAUUUCUCUUAUCCUCUACUGCUAUGAGAUUGCCUUUUUUUCUAUGCAGUUCGCAGAACUUGUGAAAAAGUGGCAAAUAUUUUAUAAUACUAUUUUUGAUUCUGUUUGACAUAAGCACUAAAUGCACUAUUGGGUUUUUAGAUUUGACAAUAAAAGAAUUAAUGUGAAUGGAAUAGAAACCCUUCAUGGCUUUAUUAUCUUUUGGAUGUUAUUAGUUUUGUGGUUUCAUUCAUAUGUUUGUUUGGAUGUAGGUUUUAUCCACAAUUGCCUUUGAUAGUUUAAAGUAUUUGACCUUACAGGUGGAUCCUGAACUGAUUGACCCAUUGCUAACAUACCAAUGUGAAGUUAAAUAAUGUACCCCAGUAAAUCCCAGAUUCUUUCCUUUUCCUUUUUAAUGUCUUUAUGCGUCUAAAGCUGAUAUCUACAGUUUGUUUACGAUAUUAAAAUUCUCAAGUCUUGAAACCAUGAAACUGAAUUACUUUUUAUGAAUUUUUAAAAAGUGUACAUAUUUUUAGACACCGUAUUUCAAUAAAAGAUGCAUCAGUCAUCAUGCAAGAUUAUUUGCAUAUUGUGUAAA